UUUACAGUACUAUUGGACUUUCUCAUUACAAAAUCAACUGAGAAAAACAGCACACGGAUGCAACGUUUACAAUGAAAUCAGAAAAAAUACUUGUGUUGUUUGUUCUGUUACCUAUUGUAACAGUAGAGACAGGAGUCUUUGACUUUUUCAGUGGGAUUUUUGACAACGACAAAUUACGACCUUUUAAUUCUACAGACUUUGAGAAAGAUCUAAGGAUGUCUCUAUAUGGGCAGAACAUUGCAUUGAAUACGAUACUGAAAGCUGUGACCUGGCUUAUGAAAGAUCCAGAUCCACCAAAACCGCUAGUGCUUUCCUUACAUGGACCAACAGGAGUGGGAAAAACUUACAUCACGAAAAUCAUUGCGAGGAAUAUUUAUGAAAUGGGGGAAAAUAGCAAACAUGUCCACACAUUAAUAGCCACAUAUCACUUUGCACACAUAAUCGAAUUUCCAAAGCAUGAGGCUCAACUUAAAGCAUGGAUUUAUGGAAAUGUUUCAAGUUUUCCACGCUCCAUUUUUAUAUUUGAUGAAAUGGACAAGAUGAACCCACAUCUAAUAGAGACUAUCAAACCUUUUCUGGACUAUAUGCUCCAUGUGGAUAGAGUGUCAUUCAACCAUGCAAUCUUCCUUUUUCUCAGUCAAGCAGGUGCGAAUAUGAUUAACGAGGUUGCUCUGGAUUCCUGGAGAAAAGGUAAAGAAAGAGACCAGAUGAACACACAGAGAAUGGAGACUCUACUUUAUCAAGGAAUCUUCAAUGAUAAGAACAGUGGAUUUUGGCACUCCUCUCUAAUAGAUGAGCACCUGGUGGAUCACUUUGUUCCUUUCCUGCCUCUGGAACGGAAGCAUCUAAAGCAGUGUGUUCUGGCUGAAAUGACCAGUCUGAACAUCACUCAUGAUUAUGAUGUGAUGGACAGCGUGCUCAAAGACAUGCCCUUCUUCCCCCCAGAGGAGGAAGCCUUUUCUCUUAAAGGCUGCAAGACACUCCAUAAUAAGUUGGGGCUACAUAUGAAGCUCUAGAAGAAAAUAUUUUGGCAGCUAUGUAAAUUUUCUUAAUAAUUGUGUCAUUUUGUUGCUGAAUAAAGAUAUAAUGCCACAAAUGGC